AUGGCUUUGCAUGGACCUGACUUUGACAAAAUCUUUCACUUCCUCUCCAUUUGUAUCCUAGCUUUCAUCAAUGAAGGCUCUUCCUCCCUCUCUAGUGCCUUCAUGAAUGAGCCAUGGUCAUGGGGUCUAAGCAUUCCCAUCAGUUUGUACGUGAAAUUUGCUCUUGAGAUUCACUCUCAUCUUGGAAUCUGUGUAGGGAUUGGAGUACCCUCUUUGGUCUAUUGGGGAGCCACACGUGGUGCCAUAGAUUGGUAUUGGCAAGCUGCCUUGAAGUUCAACCACGAGAUUUUCAAAACUUGUUUGUUCAACAUUGUCAUUGGUUUGUUACACUUGUUGGUGUCAAAGCUGGCUCAUUAUAUCAUUGAGUGGGUGAGGGAUCACAAGCUGAACAGGGGGUACUUGUCUUAUUUGCCAGUGAUUUCUAAGUUGGACUUUGAUUCACUUUCUGAGCACCCUUUACUGAGGCCAAUUUCUGUCAAAUAUUUGUUUCUGAAGCUCAUUGAAUUGCUCAGUGUCUUCUUCUACAAUGGGAACAUAUUGCUCUUGAGUUGGUGCUUUUCAGGACAGGUUUACAGUUAUGAGGUUGGCAAAGCCAUAUCUUGGGUUAGCUUGGGGAGCUCCAUGUUUGUUUGGAUUAAGGCUUUACUGAGUGAACUUGGAAUGCAACAGGAACAACCUGAAGAGAAAGCAUGCAAGAAGGAUGAGGAAAAGGAUAACAGUUCUUCAAUUCAAAGUGUGGAAACCAAAGAUGAAGCAAUAGUCAGCUCAUCAGAAUGUUGA